AACUAGGGUGAAAACUUUCAUUUCCUUCUUUGUUUUCUUAAUAAAACCUACACGCAACUGUUCAUGAGGCGAAAGUUUCAUUAGAGGCUCGAUUAGAAUCUUAACGUGAGGUUUUAAUCUUUCAAGACUUUGCAGCAUUUGCCACUAACGUUAUAGCGUUCAGCGUUUCCACAUUGUGAUCUACCUGCAUUACUGUUGUGGUCAGAGAGCAGUGCGGCCGCCAGAUGGCAGCAGUGAUCACUGAAGAUAACGUGUACAGCGAGGCUGAAGUGAACGGCGCGCCCCCUGCUGAUGGAGAUGAUCAAGUGCAGCUGCGCGGACCUGAGGGAAACAUUCAGGGACAGGUGGAGGAGUUUCUCGGCCCACAUCCUGACUACGAUGAGGAGGAGGAGGCUGAAAAAAAAAUGGCCCAGCAGUAUUAUGAGUAUGUGAACUACAAGGAUGAACAUGUCCAGGAGCAGAAGAAGCCCCCCAAAGGAGCCUUCCAUUCUUACAUCAUAAUUUUCCAGUCCGUCUUCUACAUUGUUUUCCAUCUGAGUUUCGUGUUUGCCGAGUUCCCCAUGGUGCUGUUCCUCAAUAACUAUCUGAAUGAUUACAAACACACUCUCUUCAAAGUCACACAGUGUGGAGCCUCAGGGAAAGGGGUGAUAGAGAAUUUAAAUAAGACAGUUUUGCACAGCUUGCCUCGCUCUCUGUUGCUCAUCGAGGUCGAGAGUGUGCUCAUGGGAGCAGCCUUCCUCGCCAUGCUCAUCUUCCUGGUGUUGUGUGGAGCUGCAUAUCGGCCCACAGAAGAAAUUGACCUUCGCAGCAUUGGCUGGGGGAACAUCUUCCAGCUGCCCUUCAAGCACUUACGAGACUACCGUCUCCGUCUGCUCUGUCCGUUCUUCGUCUACUCUGGUUUUGAAAUGCUCUUUGCCGUCCAGGGACUCAUACUGUCAUAUGGAGUGUGUGCAGUAGGGAUGGAGAAGCUGUGGUUGUUAGUUAUGGUGUAUGGUUUGUCAUCCUCCAUCUGUUCGGGCCUGUCCCUGAUGCUGCUGCGAUUGCCCAGGCCGAUUAUUCUUCUGGUGGGCGCCUUCGUGCACUUUGUGCUAAUCAUAACCCUUAUGUGCUGGUCGCCCCAACCACAAACGCCUAGCUAUCUUCCAUAUCUGUUGGUGCUCUCUGCCCUGUGGGGUCUGGGAACUGCGCUCAACAAGACUGGACUGAGCACUCUGCUGGGGAUGCUGUAUGAAGACAAGGAGCGACUAGACUUUGUUUUUACUAUCUAUCAUUGGUGGCAGGCCAUUGCAAUCUUCAUCGUCUAUCUUUGGUCUGCAAUGCCUAUGCGGGCUAAGCUUGGACUCCUGUUGUUGACUCUCAUAGUGGCAUGUUUCUGCUAUGUGCAAAUGGAGCGUCGCCUGGCGAAGAAAAUUCCGUUCAGGUUGCCACGGAUUCCCCGUCCACGACACAAGGUCAAAGGUUACCGAUACCUUGAGGAAGAAAAUUCUGAUGAAUCCGACACAGAUCUGAGUGAUGCUGAUGAUGAUGAGAAAGAUGAGGAUGAGAGAGGGUUAAUUGAGGAGGACAGAAAUACAGACGUCGAUUCCCAGGGUUCACCAGGACCGGAGAGGAGCAGGGUUAGGGACCGCAGGAGGAAACACGACAACGCUGCCUACGAACAGGCAGGAGAGAGAGAGGACUAUGUCCAACACAUAAGGGACUAGAAAAGGAGAGGUGAAAAGGUGAGGAGAUUGGAACGAGAUGAGAUGUUGUUGUAAAAUACUGAAAAGCCAGCUUGAAAGAGAAGCGAUGGUAUAGGAAACAUUUACUCACUUUUAUAUUAAAUAAGACUUUUUUUUCCUUUGGAAAGUAAAAGUGUGGGCCACCAAUGAUAAAAUGAAGGUCAGAAAGUAGUUCACAAUAGAAAAAAAAGAAGUGACCCAAGCAUUUAAUCGAAAUGGGAAGUGAAAAGAGGAAACCGCAGAUACCUUGUAAGGUUAGGUGGUUUUGUUGCCAUAGAAAUGGAUAUUCUCCAUUUCGAACGUGGUCAAGGUGAUGUGCUCGAGUUGUGUGUUUCAUUCUAAUUCCUUUCUGUGCGCUGUAAUUAUUUAUCCAAUACAUAUCGCUUUUCCUCAUUGUAACUGAAGAACCAAAGUUCUCGCCAUUUAAAAAAAAGUGUUACAUUACGUUUACAUUUAUGAUGUUAUAAAACAUAUAUUUGCAAUAAACAUAAAAUAGAAGAUGUAUGAUUAAAAAUGCUGCUUUUGCCACUUUUAGAAUGUUUUUAACCAGUGUUUGAUGUGCUAGAAUGUGAAUGCGAUUGAUCCAAGAAUACUGCAGUUCAUUUAUUUAGUGUACAUUAGUGUACAGUUUGUAGUGUUUCUCUUUAAUCUGCAUUGGAAAGGUGGUCAGAAUGGGAAAAUCAAUAAUAUUAAUAAUAUAUUUUUUAAAUGCUUUCCCUUGUCCGCAGCAGAACACACCUUUUUGUGU